GGAACACCAAUUAUAUGCAAGCCAGAGGCUAUUACACCAUUGUGGCUGUCAUUUAUUAACCAAAUAACAUCCCUGGGUUGUGUAUGAAAAGAUUUCACAAGCAUUGAUUUCUAAAGUAAUGUCAACAGGGGAAAGACUUUGUCAGCGAAAAGGCAGGAGCAACAGAGAUUCAUGCACUUGUGAGAUUAUGAGACUUGUGCAUUAAUUCAAAGUGCAAGGCGUUGUGGGAAAGAAAUAUAUUUAUAUACUCAAAAAAGCACAAGCCCAAUGUAUCGGGAAAGAAAUGUAUUCAAAGAGCACAGACCCAAUGUAUAUGGGAAAGGAAUGUAUUCAAGAGCACCAGCCGCCACCUCCAUGAUGGAUUACAUGGCCAGCAGAGGAGGGAGUGUGCAGAGUGGACAGGGGUGUCGUCAGAAUAUAUGAUUUGUGAUAGAAGGGGGAGGGAGAUUCAGAUGGGAGAUGGGCGCCAUCAUUUUUUUUUUUAAAUAAAGAAAGGAAGGGGCUCAUAAAUAUUGGUGUCAAAAAAUCUGGAAAUAAUGGUGUCAAAAACAGGACCUGAGCAACAAAGAAAAUAAGUGGGAAGUACUACGUUUAAGCUCCACAACAGGAGGAGCUAGAAAAAAUGGAUAAAAAGAAGCAUUCAGCCCCAGGGGAUUUUAGUGUGUGUUUUUGGAGUGCUUGGAGAGUGUUUGGAGAACGAGUGGAUGUAUUGUCUUUACUUUGUGAGUGACUGUUAGUUUUACUGAACUGCGCAGAUCAGCCCGGGUUCUUGUAUGUAAUCUUUGAUUCACUAACAAUAAACCCAGUUGCAUCAGACUCCGAGAAGCGUGCAUACUUUGAAGAAGUAUUCAACAGUGUGGAGGAGAGCGACCUUGGCAUUCCUGCCCACAGCAUACUGCGUGCUGCGCAUGUGAUGUUACAAUUCACUGUGACACGGUGAUGUGGACAGACAUGUCAGGCAAUGGCAUCCGUGGAUCCAAACAAAUCCUCUCUGAGUGAGAUUUUACGGGCGUGCAACCUGAAGGUUGGCUGUUCUCUCUGUGUCGAGAAAGAGAAUGAAGUUACUUAUUCCCUGAAAAUCAUCAGUCACAAAUGCAAUGGAGACCUGCUGCUGGCCAGAGGCCGGGAAAAGGGGAGAAAGUGGAGGCACGUGUCUCGUCGACCUAAAGUACCGAACCCAAGCAAGUAUGCUGUGUGCUGGUUCUUUGUGGAAGGUUCCGGGUGCAAAAAGCACAAAAACCGGUGUACAUUUGCCAGAAGCAUCGAGGAGGCUACAGUGUGGACCUUUCUUAAAAACCACCGCAUGGACAUCAGCACUUUGAGAGCUCUAGUGUCAGACACCAGCAGGGCAGCCCCCAGACAGUUGGGGACACCAGAAAAAAUCCUGUCUGAGUUUGGAGGGAAGUUCUGCGAACUCUGUGAAGCUUGUUUCCACGGCAGCCCACAGGUGAUCUCCGCCAAGAGGUGGAACAACACCUGCAUGUCAGAGGCAGCUCAUGCCUGGAAGCCGGUGUUGGUUCAUUACCUGGCAGAAGGGCCAAGCAAGAAGGUGUACAACGAAGUCCGGCGGCUGCCUCCUAAUGCGAAGGACAACCUGCGGUACUGUAGCCACGUGGCCCAGGGCGCCCCCUGCUGGCACGGACACGCCCGCUGCCAGCUCGCCCACAGCGAGGUGGAGAUGGCCGUGUGGAAGGAGGAGGUCGGUGGCGGGUGGGAUCGCAAGGAGCUGCCGCUGCUGUCCCAGGGGAGGGGACCUCCAGCCUCGGCUUCCCCCAGCACCCAGGUGGAGAUCUACUGCAAAGCCUGCCUGCUGACCAGCACCUCUAAGGAGAGCUUCAUCAAGCACUGUGCUUCCCUGGAGCACGCUCGGAUGAUCUCCGAGGGCAACACCGUGGAUUGGAAACACCGUCCUCCGCCACACAGCCGCAAGCAAGAGUUUCUGCUGUGUGACAGGCCUGAAGCAUGCGAGUAUGGAGACAGAUGCUUUCGGGCCCACUCUGUGGAGGAGCUGCAGGAGUGGCACAUGCGAAGCACAGAGGCUCAGCAGAUCCAGCACACUGUGCAGGCGCAGGGCCUGGGGUCUUACAGGGACCGCCUGCUGCAAGAGUACAGGAGCAGCAGUAAUGUAGUCCACAUUAUGUCAGAACAAGUUGAUGAUGUCACUGUCACCCAUGAUGAAGAUUUAAGUGUGGAGUGUGAAGAGACCAAUUCUGAGCUGAAAUGGAUUUUUCAGAUAAAAACAGAGAGAUUACUUGCCCAUGUCGCCUUGCUGAAACAGGAUCCUGGAGCUAUAUUCACUCUCGGUGAAAUUACUCCUGAAGGUCCCUCUACCUACUCCACAGGAAACAAGUUCUGCACUUCUGACAUGUCCUAUGACAUUCCUGUGUCAUGCAAACCCUUACACCCAGGCCUUUAUGAGCAGUGGGUGGUGUUUGACUUUGACAUGAGGCCAGUGCUGCUGCAGAAGCUUGAGGUGAGGGUGGGAGAGCAGAGCUCCAUCUGUCCUGUGUGGAUGAAGGAGGACAUCGGGCCUCCAGUUCAGAGUUUGGAGCGCUGGCACCAGGGAAACAGAGUCAUUAUUCCCUGUUUGAACAAGACAGAAGAAGAAGAAAAGCUUCUGAAGGAGUACAAGCCUCCUCAGAUAAACUUGCAGUUUAACCCAAGAUCUGAAGCCAACAUGUCCAUCACCUUCCAUAACUACAGAGAGAGAAUGCACCACUUCCUGUACAGAGAGGAACUAGCCCAGGAAGACAUAGUGUCCAGACUCAGCCUCAAAGACAGCAUCUAUUUGUCUGACAAAGUUUAUGAGCCUCAGUUUGGCAUGAAGAUUGCUCUUUCAGAAGAACUUUUUGCCUCAGUUCCAGCACCGUCUAUGCUCACCCCUGACACACCAGAGGGGUUUAUCCUAAAGAGAGGUGUCCGGUCAGCUCUGGUAGCAGUUUCUUCAUUUGUGGAAAAUCAGCAUCAAAAAAUCUAUGAGGCAGUCAUUGUUCCAGAUGCUAGCACUGAGAGGAGAAUGUACCUGCAGCUCUCCAAGAGAUGCUGCACUGAGCUGGAUCUCCAGAACAACACUACGUGUGAGAUGGAGGUCCAGUUUCAGCUGAACCGCCUCCACUUCUGCAUGAUGCACAAGGCUGUAGACCUUCUACCAGAUGUAGAGUGGGUUUUGCCAGACCUGAUGAAGAGCUGUGUCCCAGUGCACACAGGAAGAUACUCCAGGCUCAAUGCAAAGCAGCAAGCAGCUAUGGCUUUCAUCGUUGGGGAUACACAUGACAACAAGACUGUGGCACCACUUCUAAUCUAUGGACCCUUUGGAACAGGGAAGACCUUCACCCUGGCCACUGCAGCUAAAGAGCUGGUACGGCAACCUGGAACCAAAGUUCUGAUCUGUACCUAUACUAACAGCUCUGCAGAUUUGUAUGUCAAGGAUCACUUUCAUCAGUAUGUAAAUGCUGGACGUACUGAAGCCAAACCUCUCAGGAUAAAAGCCAACAAAAAGGGAGUGCCUAUGAGUGCAACUGAUGACAUCACGCUGCAGUAUUGCCAUCAGGAUGGCCAAUCUUUCACAUGUCCUGGAAGACCCACCUUAGACUCUCACCGAGUGAUCAUAACAACAGCAUUCAUGACAGGGGAACUCUAUAACCUGAAUCUUCCAGCUGGUUACUUCACCCACAUUCUGAUUGACGAGGCCUCACAGAUGCUAGAGUGUGAAGCUCUGAUGCCCCUCACUCUGGCAGGGCAAGGAACGCGAGUGGUUUUGGCUGGAGAUCACAUGCAGAUGGGUCCAAAGCUCUUCUCAGUGGACGAGGACCAGCGCUCCAACCACACACUACUCAGUCGCCUCUUCCAUCACUACCAAGAACAAAAGAAUUCUGUGGCCCUGAAAAGCAGAAUCAUAUUCAAUGAAAACUACCGCUCCUCUGAAGAAAUUGUCGAUUUUGUGUCCUCUCACUUUUAUGGCAAGAGUGGUGCCAUCAAGGCAUGUGGACAUGUGCCCCCUCACCCACAGUUCCAUUCCCUGAGGUUCCACCACGUUCGUGGAAAGUGUCAUUUGGACGCGACUACAAUGUCCUGGUACAAUCUUGAUGAGGUUGCAUGUGUUGCAGAUGUAGUGCAAAAACUAUUUGAAGGAUGGCCACGUCAGUGGGGGAAUCAGGAGCAGAGAACAAUCUGUGUUCUCUCUGAAGGAAGUCAGGUUGUCCUUAUCAGGAAAGAACUGAGAAAAAGACGUCUUGGCAGAGUAACCGUGGAAAAUGCGAAUAAUGUUCAAGGCAAGCAGUUCCGGGGAAUAGUGAUGUCAACGGUUCAUACUCGAGAGAGUCUACAGUCCUCUCACACCACUUGCCUGGAGUUCUUCAACGAUCCACGGGUGAUGAACACAGUCAUGACCAGAGCACAGUCCCAGGUCAUCGUGGUGGGAGAUGCUGCAGCUCUCUGCUCCUUUGGAAAGUGCUCAAGGAUCUGGAAGAGCUACAUAGAGCAGUGCAUCAAAACGAACAGCGCUGAACCGCAGCACCUCACAGAGGACUGCCUAGAGUAUGAAAUGGAGGAAAUCUCAAGAUUUAUUAGGCCUGAGAGCAAGAAUGUCAGUGAUGUUGAAUUGGUCACAACCACAACUGGGGCAAAUGGCCAUGUGGAUGAGAUACUCCAACAGCUGAUAGAAGAUUACAGUUCUGUCAGUGGUGAAGCAAAUGAGGCUGAGCAAUCAGAGGAUGAGGACCGUCCAAACUUCAGUGAAGAAAAGAGAGCAUAUUACUCUAAUGCUGAGAAAGACGCUCUGCUGGAAAUGGUGAAAAAGCACCCAGGAGUGUACAAACAUGGUGAACUGGUAAUGGAAAGAUUUGACACUGGCUAUGUCAUGCCAUUUGAUAACCCCACUGCACAUAUCGUAAUCACAGGAAGAAAGAAUUUGGGCAUGUCCUUCCCUGGUGAUGAGGUUGUAGUGGAAAAAUCAAUGAGCGGCAAUGGUCUGGACACCUGGAAGGUUUUAGGUGUCACCAAGAAUGCUGAAUCUUCUCAGUCCUAUGUGUGCACCUUUGAGGACGAUGAUAACAAAACACAGGAAAAUGACUAUGUCUCCAAGGUCAUGGUACCCCUUAACAAGAAUGUCACCAAAAUUCGAAUUUUGGUUAGCAAGAAAAAUCGCAAUGUGAUCCCAAUAUUUAAAUAUGAUGAUGGAAACUGGGAGAUUGAAAGGUACAAGACCUUAAAUGAAGAGUCAAAGCGGAAGCAUGUCUAUGUUGUACAUGUGGUGUGCUGGAAAGAACACUGUCGGUUUCCAUUAGGGAAGGUAACAGAGGUUCUACCCCUGGGAACAUCCUUGGAUCAGGGGCUGAAGAUUCUGGAUAAAGAAUUCGAUCUCAAUCGACCUCCCUCUGAUUGUGUCCUGAGUGAUUCACAAAAUUGUGCUUUUACCAAAUUGGACGAUGGGAGCCGGGUGAAUUUCCGAAAUGUAACUACUUUUACAGUUGACCCUGAAGAUGCCAAAGAUCUUGAUGAUGCAAUUAGUGUUCAGGAGUUUGAUAACCAUUAUGACAUAGGGGUGCACAUUGCAGACGUGGCAAGUUUUGUAGUUAAGGACAACCCAUUAGACGAACAUGCAAGAGAACGUGGAGCUACUUUUUAUCACCCCAAAACUGCAAAAAAAGAGCCAAAUUACAUGUUCCCAAAAUCAAGUGUGAAACAAUGGAGUCUUCAGGAAGGGUAUGACCGCAGAGCUGUUUCAUUGCUUGUGACUGUGGACAAGGCGACAAACAGGAUUAUUGCCAGAAACUUUGUGCUGUCACUGAUAAAAUCAGAUAAACAGCUGUCAUACGAGGAAGCUGAAGACAUCAUCUCAACACAUAGCGGAAAUGGGCUCCAUUUUGACACAUUGAAAGGUUGCGUGGCUGUGGCUUAUGAGUUUUCUAGGGCCCACAGGAAAGCCAGGCUUCACGGUGACUGGCUGUAUGCACAGCCCGACAACAGGACAUCCAUUGGGAGAAGAAAAUCCCAUCAAAUGAUUGAAGAACUGAUGAUAAUGUUUAACAACUUUACUUCUGAGUUUUUGAUCAGCAACAAAGAAGCUUAUCUUUGCACUCCCCUGAGAUGCCAGGCAUCCCCCGAUGUCAUGGGUGUAAACGCUCUGAAAGACAAAUACAAAGACAUUGUACCACUGUCUGUGCACUUGACACACCAUAUUGGCAGUGUUGAGCAACCUUCUGGUGGCAAGAGUUUCCAGGUGUUAGCUUCACUUUGGAGGAAGCUUCAAUCUGCUGCUGAGAGAGGGGAUUUUUCUAAAGUGGCAGACCUGAUCACAACUGAUGACAUCCACCCACAGCUUGUGCCUGCUAUGUCAGAGUUCAGGAGUUUGCUUGGCAAGUCCUACACGAUUCGUUCCAACUCGGCACCAGAGGCAAAUGUUGGUCACUACUCUUUGCAGCUCAAAUCUUAUACAAAUGCAUCUUCACCCAUCCGCAGGUACCUGGACUUGAUCCUUCAGAGACUUCUCCAUGCAACAGUCAGUAAAACUCCGGUCCCAUACUCUUGGCAAGAAAUCGAGAUUUUGUGCGAUAAAGCUGUCAAAACAAGCAAGAAGGCAGAAGAGUACCAAAGGAAGGCUGAAACCUUCUCCCAUGCUGUAAACCUGAAAAAACAAAAUUCUCCAAAGCUGGCAUUUGUCACUGCAGUGGACCCAGAAGGAGACCAAUUCAAGUUGUCAUUUCCCUUUGACAAAGGUACUUUGCCUGAUUAUAUACCUGUUCUGUACAGAGAUUUGCAGCUUGAGGAUCAGCCACAGUAUGACAAAGACUGCAGGCACAUGAAGCUAACAUGGAGAAGAAGAGUGUACUCCAUCAACACCACCAAGACAUAUGUGGAGCUCAAAAGACUACACCAAAACAAUCCAUGCACUGAUGUCCCUCACCAGGCUUGGCAAGACAUUGUGGAAGCACUAAAGAUGGAAAAUUGGGAAAUGGCAGUGUCAAUCAUAUUGAGCACUAACACAAAUUAUGCUGCCACUGAAAAGAAUGACAACAUAGAUGGCUUGACAGAAAUUGAGACAGAGCAUUAUGUUGACCUCACACUCAAGCUCAAACCCGGAGAUACCCUUCUAGUUCAGAUGACAACAGAGAUGCAGCUGGGGCUUCUGAUGCCCGCCAUUCAGUUGCUGAACAUCAACGAAAAGUUUGAAGUGUGUCUGAAUCAUGCCCACAGUCCUGUCGACUGUUUUUCCAAAUAUGCACAGCGUAAAACAAAGUCGUUCUAUGACAAUGUUGAGGACUAUGCAAAGAUCUGGGGACCACUUUGUGAAAUGGAGUCUGCUUCCACUGCUGUGGAUGAAAGUGAGAGCAUAAUCAUUGAGGACUUGGAGCUGACAUGGACUAGAGUACGGGAAGGCAGUUUUCUUCUUCCCAUUGGCUUUCUUAAAGAUUGGGCCAUUGAAUGCAACCUUGCCAAGUGCUACUUGUGCAUCAGAAAAAGGGACUUGAAACAAACUGUGGCUAUUGAUCAAUCUGAAGAUGUGGAUCCCAGCAAUUUUACUUGGGUAGCCCAUGGAGUCACUACUGGUUCUUCCGAGACAAAGAAGAAUUCAGAAUACAAAGAGGUGAAUUUCUAUAUAAACCAUUUGCCUAUGGACACAAUUCCAGAUUGUGUGUACCAGAAAAGUACAAAGUUCACAGUUGAGAUCAUCCCAAAACUUCUUCCUGAUGUGCGCAAAGAAAAUGCUGUUAACAACCUCAUCCGCACAAAUGAACUUGUUCAGACAAUUGCGCUGGGACGUCGAAUUCCCAGAGGAGCUUCUGAAUCUCCGGUGCCAAGGUGGAAAAUCAUGAGAGAAAUCCCACCAGAAGGCCUUCCAAAACUGAAUGAAAGCCAGUAUGCUGCCAUUGAACAGGCCAUGAAAAACAACUUUACUGUCAUCCAGGGACCACCUGGCACCGGAAAAACUGUGGUGGGGGCUUACAUUGUGUACUGGUUCCUCGUGCUGAAUUCUGAGAACCCCAGGCAAUGUCAGGAUCCUGAAGAGAGCAAGAAGAAAGAGGUUAUUCUCUACUGCGGCCCGUCCAAUAAAUCGGUAGAUGUUGUUGCAGAGUACCUGCUGAAGUUUGGGGACAAGAUAAAGCCGCUCAGGGUGUACAGCCGGCAGAUGGAGAUGCUGGAGUAUCCCUAUCCAGGAAGUAUUCUCCAGCUUUCCCGCAAGUCAAUGCGGCAAGAGAGGUCCAAGCCACAGCUCAGGUCUAUCACUAUGCACCACCGUAUAAGGGAACCAGACAAUCCGCACUGGAAAGAGAUCAAACAAUUUGAUGAAAGAAUCAGACUGGCCAAUGAAUCAAAGGAGGCGAUGACUGAUGCAGAUAUUGAAGCAUACAAAAAAGUUCUGAAUCAAGCACGGCUGCAUGAGCUGCAGAAGCAUGAUGUCAUAUUGUGCACCUGCACGGCUGCUUCCACCCCUAACCUCACCAAGACCGUCAGCGCACGGCAGAUUCUCAUUGACGAGUGCGCCAUGGCAACUGAGCCCCAGGCUCUUGUCCCAUUGGUCAGCUAUAAACCAGAAAAGGUCGUGCUGCUCGGUGAUCACAAACAGCUCCGGCCCAUCGUCAAGAAUAUAUUUGUACGAAAUUUGUGCAUGGCAAAGUCGCUGUUUGAACGCUACAUGGGCAUGGCAGUGAUGUUGGACACCCAGUACAGAAUGCAUGAAGACAUCUGCGAAUUUCCAUCCGUGGAGUCGUACGACGGAAAGUUGAAAACUGCCGUGCCGGGGCGAAACAGUGCCCUCCUUCUUACGACCUCCAAUAGAAGCACCCACACUGUUUUCGGACAUGUGAUUGGACAAGAGAUCAGCCUGGUGGUGACGACAGAGAAGGGAAAUGAAAAUUCCAAAGCAAACAGAAAGGAGAGUGCAAUUGCUGUUGGCAUUGCUGUGUCACUUGUAAAUGAUGGCAGAAUCCGUCAGGAGCACAUUGCAAUUCUUUCUCCCUACAACGCCCAGGUCUCUGAGAUCAAAAAACGUCUAAGAAGAAAAGCCAUGGAUGAAAUCACAGUCAGCACCAUCACAAAGAGCCAAGGAAGCGAGUGGCCCUACGUGAUCCUGUCCACCGUGCGCUCCUGUCCCAGUGCCGAGAUCGAGAAGGAUCCCAGCAGGGCGUGGCUCUCCAAAAACGUGGGAUUUGUGGGCGAUCCCAACCAGAUAAACGUAGGCAUCACCAGGGCACAGGUGGGGCUGUGCAUCAUUGGGAACCAAGAGCUGCUGAGGUGCAGUAAAGCCUGGGACAGACUGCUCCGACAUUACACGUCGAAGAACUGUGUCACCACGGCGGAUGACAUCACAGUGCGUAACGUGACUUAAUCCAGUUAUUUGAUUAAGUCACGUGAAAAAAAAAAAAAAAAACCAAGAAUAACAGCAUUCAGUUCCCACAGCACCGUGAUUCAACUGAAAAUGGCCGUAUGAUUAUCGGCUCAGCCAAAAUAAUUUUGUUUCAAACUAUUUUAAAGGGCCUGGAUUUCUGGUUUGUUUAGGCUAAUUCAGGCAUGUGUUAAUGUUUGUGUCCGUUCUUUUAUAUGGUUCACAAGUAUACAUGUACUGUCCUAAAACCUGUAGGUGAGCCUGAUAUUUUUAACUAUCUUUCAUAGAAAUGGCAAACUUAAAACUUUCCUCUCAAGCACAAGAUAGCGUAUUUUCAGUCUUGUCUUUGAAAGUAUCUGUUGACGUAGUCAUCUGGGUCAUUAAUCGCAAAACUAUUUAUAUAUUAAACUUUCUGUGGCUGUGAAGUCUGCUCUUUCAAAAUUUGUUCAGAGUCCACAUGUAAGAAAAGACCUGGGGUUUGCUUCAGGCGUACAUAUAUAGAUUAAACACACUGCAUAUGAAUUAUUUUAUUAAGUCUUAAUGGAGAGAAGCUCUUAAGCUUAAAAUAAUAUUUGUAGAAACUUGACCAUGUGUAAUCAUCCAGUCAGUCAAAGGAUGGACACAUUAGUAGGGUUAGUAGAUGAUAAAAUAUAUUUGUAGACCAUAUGGUUUGGCUCGUAUGUUAACAACUAUGAAUUAAAAUCCUAAAGCAUCACUGGGCCUUACAACAGUAGUACAAUUUGGAUUAAAGUACCAAUAAUAUUAGCACAGGACAUGUAAAUUCAGACAAUUCAUUCAAGUGUCAUUAAUGAGUGUCAUCUCAUCCCAUGUAGACCUUCUGUUUUUAAGCUUCUGUAUUAAGAUUACUUUUUUGUUCCCAAUAUGAUUUAAAUUUUUUAAUGCAUUUUUUAAACUUUAAUACGUUUUCAUACUACUGAAUAAUGGAACAAACGUAAGCCUUAAAUUUCUAUUUUCUAAAUGUCUAGCUGUAGUUUUCUUAUGUAGUGCAGUUGAUUCACACAUGAAUGCUGUUCAGCUAUUUCAGCCAGUCCUCUCAGUUUAUGGUUGCUUUGUCUUAAUUACAAAUGUCAUUCCAACUACCUUAGGAUUUGUUUUAAUUAUAUCUUGUUAAGUGACAACUACAGGGUGAGUUGUAUUGAAUUUGUAAAAUUAUUCUCAAAGAUGAUUUGUGGUUUUAUUUUUCUACUUUGGUACUUAUGAUAAUUUCAAAGAUACAUUUGAGUUUGAUAUUCAGAAUGUAUAUUUAAAUAUCCAAAGAGAUUUGUAAAACACAUGCAUGAGCAAUGUUUUUAUGAAUGCGUCUCAUUCUGUGAGUUAUACACAACCAGUGUGAUCAAAGUCCUGUGGAAGUUAGGUUAGAUCUGCAGUCUUCACACAUGAGAAUUUUCUAGAAAUUUGAUAUUUGAUCGUAUUCAAAGCUGUAAAGCAUCAUGUCUGUAAUAAAUCAGUUUUGUUGCAAUCAUU